UUUAUUCUUGGUUCAAAUUGCUCACAACCUGUGGGAAACAACAAAGAAUGGAUGGAUGGAUAGUCAUUUAAUUGAUUAAAUCGCUGGAUGUAUGUGGGUUUGCUAUUGCUGUGAUCUCAUGUGAGUGACAGGUUGCCCCGCCCUCGCGCCAGUAAACACCAUCAGAGAAGAAGAAAAAAUAAAUAAUGAUGUGCAAAGAUAAAACAUUUAAUACUGACUUAAUUCCAUGAAAUCAGUUUUGAUUUUAUGGUGACUUUAAGCUGGCAACAUAUUGCAUUGCAGCAAGUAGCCUGCCUGUUUUUGUGCUGAAAGGGGAUUUAACUCUUUGUUUGUGUAGUACCUGAAAAUCAGCACAAAGUGCACAGACAAAAGAACGUAUGAGUCUAUUCAGUUUGUUUACGCCUGUUAGAUGACAAAUCUUAAGUUUACAUAAGUAUUAUCGUGAGAUAGGAUAUCCUGCUUAUAAUUAUUGCUUGAUAAACAUAGUUUAUUUACUUUGCAUAAUGCAGUACCAACAGUUUAGUUUAAACUGGCAAGUGUUUUUUUUUUUUUUUGUCUUAAAGCUAUGAAAACCUGCACAUAACAUAUGGAAGAGAAAACAUAACAUAUUUCAUAGUCUGAAGCUAAAAAUCUGAGUCUGUGCCCAUCACACACUUAGUAAUUUUUUGUGAGAUUUGUCAACAAUUUCAGCUCAAAAUCUGCAGACUGUCUCUGACUUUCAACAACUAGUGUUGAUUCCAGACUGUAAAUCAGGGCAAAAAUCUGGGUAAAAUUUGUAUAGUGUAUUCCUACCUUUACCUAAAACAAGGAAACAAAUUAAUAAGCUACCCCCUCACCACCACCACCACCACCCAUCACCCACCACCCUACACACACACACACACACACACACACACACACACACACACACACACACACACACACAGAGCUCUGUACAAAGCUACUCAUCUCAUAUUUCUUUUUAAUGAAAAACUAGUUCAGGCAUCCAAAUGCUGUAGAGGGAGUGGUUUCUAGAUGAACAAACAAAAAGAAAAAAGGGUGCAUUUAUGGGCGUGCUCCUAGGGUGUGUUCCUUAUGGGUGAGCCAUUGGUCAUAGCCACAAACACAUUCAAACAGUAGUUACUCAGAGCUAAUAAAGAAAGUCAUUUGAGCUUGUUUGUAUCUACAGAUAAAGGACUGAAAACCAAUCAGUAUCAUUUCUCUGCAUGCACAAGUUCUGGUUGAACAAAUCCAGUGUUCAGCACCUGUACAAUUGAUUGUUAGUUAAGAGUGAUUGAUUUGAAUUCACUUACUAAACAGAAGUAGUCCACCAUGGCACGUGAACUGGACUACUACACUCUCAUGUCUGGGCUGCAGGAGCUUGAUUUCCAAGGGAAAGCAGUGCCCAGCGAUCUUGUACUAAUAGGUGAACAUGCCUUUCCACUUGUCAUGAAUCCAAGAGGUCAGGUGCUGAUGGCUGCAUCUCAUUACGGUCAGGGACGUAUAGUGGUGUUGGGACACGAGGAAUACCUAACACGCUUUCCUGGCCUCAUAGAGAAUGCCCUAAUGUGGCUCAUGCCAUGUACCGGUGUCGCCGGCAUUGUAGGGAUCAAUGGGAGUUUACGUUCAGUAGCUGACAACUUGAACUACUGCCCUAUCAAGACAGAGCUAGGAGACUUUCGGGAUGGAUUAGCUAUAUAUAUCACAGAUGCUAACAGUGUCGAGAACUGUGCAAAGGAUCUGAUUGCUUUCCUCAAAGCUGGAGGUGGUUUGAUCAUUGCUGGCCAAGCCUGGAGUUGGUCUAAUGACCAUCCACAAGAAAACACUAUAAGGAACUUCCCAGGAAACAAGGUGUGCAGUGUUGCAGGAAUUUAUUUCUCUGAACACCCAGGAGAAGUUGGAAAAUUUCCUGUUCCAAGAAAUAUCCCUUCUAAUUGGCUUGCUGUAUCAAUAGGCAAAGACUUCAAAGAUGAUCUAGAGUUCCUGCUGCAUGGUGUGCCUGAGUUUGACACCACAGGAGGGGCUAUAGCAUCUGAGGUGAUGGUGCACGGACCAUUAGCAUUUCCCAUUGCGGUCACUCCGGCUGGAAAAGCAUUCAUUGCUGGUGCAUAUUAUGGACAAGGUCGAGUAAUUGUGGUAUCCCAUGAAGGCUACAUGGGCCGGGACUCUCUGUCCACAUUCAUGAUCAAUGCUAUCAAGUGGCUUGAUGAGGGUCGGACGGGUGUUAUUGGGAUCCUGCCCAGCCUCAAAGCAGCCCACACGGUACUGAGCAAAUCAGGUUUAGAUUGCCAGUUGACUGGCUUCAGAGAAGAUCUGAGCGUCUACGUCUGCACUUCCUACAGUGAUGCCCAGUGUGCAGAGAUCCAAGAAUUUGUUGCUGAAGGUGGAGGUCUUCUGAUUGGGGGUCACGCCUGGUAUUGGGCCCAGACCCACCCUGGCUGUAAUGCGAUGACCGAAUACCCAGGAAAUCACAUUCUUAACAAGAUGGGAUUGUGCCUCUUAGGCAACACCUUGGGUGGAGGGUUAUAUAAGGCCCAAGAAAUAGAGCAUAGAUGUAGAGAGGGGUACCACUUUCGUAGCAUGCUGCAGCGAUUUGCUGAACAUGUAAGCCAGGGAAAAGAACUGACUGAUCAUGAACAGGGCUGCUUGAAGCAGCUGGGCUGCGACUGUGCAAAUUACCUUAGUAUGUGUUCUCACGACAGUGCCGCCUACACUUCAGUGCUCGCACUUCUUACUGACAUAGUGAAGGAAGUAGGUGUUCCACAGGUGUGCAGUAAUUGUCCUGUUGAAAGUGCCAAAGACCACCUGAUGCUCCACGUUGGGACUGAGGUAUACAAAGUGUCGCCUAAUCCUGAUGCCCUUCUUCCAUACAUCGUCAAGGACAGACCUGACUUGCCAACUGUGUCUAAUGCAAGAGUCCGGAUCAGUGCAAACACUGCGGAUUGUGAAGAAUGGAUAAGCACAGGCUUAUAUCUUUCUUCUGGUAUGAAGACGUUCAUAGCAAUACCUCCAGAGAUCGUUGGGAAAAAUUGGCAGGUGCAGCUUGGUUGCCAGACAGAUAACAUUGGUGGAGCAAACGUCCUGAAACGGGCUCCUGUGGUCCAUGAGCGAUUUCCCUUGGACAAAGAAAUGGUCCAGGUCUGGAAUCUGUGGGGAGGGCUCAUCUACCUCAUAGCACCUCCCCAGAGCAAAGUGGAUGGGGUGGAAAUUGUCGUGCAGGUCUCAGUACAGGCUCCAUACUUCAAAUCUGGAGAGACAAGUGUAGCUGACUGGGUGAGCGGGAUCCGUUCGGCACCUGCCCCCUGGGCCGAACUUGAGUUUGAGAAUAUCAUCAUCACAUUAGAAUCAGAGUUUAUAAGGAAUCUGGACCGCCCUGAUGAGGUGGCUACACUUUGGGAUACCAUAAUGAGAAGCAUAGCUGACCUGGCAGCAAGACCUGCAAAGUUUCCCCGCAAGGAGCGGUUUGUUGCAGAUGUUCAGAUCUCUCACGGUUUCAUGCAUGCUGGAUAUCCCAUCAUGAUGCACUCCAACUCUGCCCCAGCACUAAUAAAAGUAGAGGAAGCCUAUAAAAGUGGUAUUUGGGGAGCCAUUCAUGAGUUGGGUCAUAACCAGCAGCGCAGAGUUUGGGAGUUCCCUCCACACACCACUGAGUGCACCUGCAACCUGUGGUCAGUGUACGUACAUGAGGAAGUGCUGCAAUUGAAUAGAGCUAAAGCUCAUCCCGCCAUGACUCUAGAAAACCGCCAGGCUCGUACCAAGAUGUAUUGCAAUGGUGGUAAGGAUUUAAAUAGCUGGAGUAUGUGGACAGCACUCGAGACUUACAUGCAGCUUCAGGAAAAAUUUGGCUGGGAUGCUUUUAAGAAAGUUUUUACUGCCUACCAUAAUAUGAGUGGAGUGCCAAAUGACAAUGCAGGCAAGAUGAAUCUAUAUGCUGAGACCUUCUCCAAGGUGGUCAACCUGAAUCUGUGCCCCUUCUUCAAAGCGUGGGGUUGGCCCAUCCAGCCCAGCACAGAAGAGAAGACCUCUCAUCUCCCUGAGUGGAGUGACAAUCCUAUGAGCCAGUACGCAUAGGAACGUCUCAGAUAGCUUUUAAAUUUUGCAGUGCCAGUUUUAAUGUAAUUGAGGGGUAAGAUUAAGUAUAACAUGUUAUAUAUAUUUUAUUUGGAGUUUCAUGGACAUUAUUGUAUUCAUGAGCAAUUGAUUCAUCCCAAUGUGAGGCACAAACUUAGAAAUAUAAUUUUAAAAUUUCUGAAUAUUCUUGUUUUUAAUAAAAUGUAGCUACAGGUUAAGUGGGUUAAGGUCAAGUACAGUAUAACCUGAACAUGCAUGUUAAAAACACAACAUAUAAAUACUACUGGGUGAAGUAUUAACAAUAUCACAUACAUCUAACAAUAUAACCAAUGUCUCUCUGCAUACAUAUAAUACACUCCCAUAAAGUGAUAUAUGCUAUAGCAAAUCUCAACUGCUUGAUUGUAUAUUGAUAUUAAAUGUAAACUGUAAUAUUGCUCAGCUCUAAACUAAAUCUGCACAGUUAGGCAUCAAAGUACUAUAAACAUUAACAGGAAUGCUGCUUACAAUGCAUAUUGUAAAUAAAACACAAUACACAAACAAUUGACUUUUGAUGCAAAAAUAUGUAAGCCAAAAAUUUCUGCAAGCUCUGAGACCUCUAAAAUGAAAAAAAGUAUUAAAAUCAUAACAAUGCUUUCUUUUCAAGAUACAGACAUUUUUGAUAUAUAUGUGUUUCAUUUCUGCCAAGCAAUAUCAAUAUGAGAUGUGUAACAAAAAUUAAAGUUGACAGAGUUUCAGAAACAGUACUAGCUACAUUAAACUGCUAUAUUUAAUGCUGAAUAUAAUGUAUAAUAAUGCAAUUAGGCAAUAUUUGUGGGUCCUGAUAAUGCCAAAUGUCUGAUUUUUACCAGUAAAAAAGGGCUUACAUUUAUUUAUAUGUAUAUAUACAUUUUCAGGUUCAGAAUCAUGAAUAUUUUUAUUCUGGUGUCACCAUUGUUUUACUGCUUAGUUCUCUUUUAGGUUCAGCUAUCCUAAUUCUAAUUUUGUGUUAAAAUUGAGUUUUAUUGCUCAGUGACACACCUAAUCAAAUCUUAAAAUAUUGUAAAUUCUUUAUUAAGUUGCAUGUUCAACAAAGUUAUUGAAAAUUGUUUAUGUUUUGGAAAUAAAUGUGUUAUUUGAA